AACUUCAAAAUGCCAUAAAAGAAAGCAACUUCGUUCUCUCUCUCUCUAGAUUUCUUCUCAGUGUGUAUCUAAAUUUUAUCAUCAUCAUCAUGCGUUUCAUCGAAAUCUGAUUUCUUUAUUAAGGAAAACACGUUCCAAAUCUCUUACUUUUCCGAGAAUCUAAGUUCGCAAUUCUACCCACGAAAUGUCGUCUGGGUUCUCCGGGGGAGGUGGGCGGGAGAUUUUCGCCGGCGGCGGAAGAUCCAUGAACUCCGGCAACAACAACGGAAACAAUCCUCCGUUAUCUCAGCCGUCGUAUAGGAACCAGCUCCCGGGAAUGUUUCUCGAUCAGAUCGGUAACAGAAACUCCGGUGUUCAUGGAUUCGCCGGAAAACGCACUCUGGCGGAUUUUCAAGCGGCGGAGCAAACGCUGACGCAGCUUCCGAAUCCGGCGGCUCUCAACGCUCUUUUUCUACGCUCCGUCAAGCCCAGGACUUUCCAGAACCUUCUGUCGCCGUUGCCGCCGCAGUUCGAUCUCACUGCAAAUGAUUUAAAUUUGUUGGGUAGUUCGUCGUCGACUCAGCGAUUUGGGUUACCGAUUCUUCCGCAUCUCAGGUCAAAUCAUCUUCCUCAGACGCCGCAACCGGGUCUGGGUCUGUGCAGUGGGGCCCGGAUGAGAUUCGGCUCCGGUAAUACGGCGUUACAGGGCGUUCCGUCUGUUGACCCGGUUCGGAACGGAGCUCAGCUGGGUCAGGACUCGGAGAAGAUGAUGAGCAGACUGAGAGAGCUCGAGAAACGGCUUUUGGAUGAUGACGGCGACAGACAAGAUGAUGAUGCCGUCUCCGUUAUUACCAAUGCAAACAGCGAGUGGUCCGAGACAAUACAGAGCCUGGUGAGCCCAAUGAUGAGCCCGAGCCCGACACCGAACUCCAACCCGAGCGCGAAUCUGAACCCGGUUUCGUUUUCUCCUAGCUCGUCUUCUUCGUCUUCCUCGUCUUCUCCUUCUGCAGCUUCGCCGGUACCGGUCUGCUCGAGGCAGACAAUAAUGGAGAUCGCCACGGCGAUAUCCGAAGGAAAAACGGACAUGGCGGCGGAGAUCCUUGCACGUGUGUCUCAAACGCCCAAUCCGAAGGGGAAUUCCGGGCAGAAGAUCACGGAGUUCAUGUUGUCGGCGCUUAGAUCGCGUCUUAACCCGGUUGAGAACCCUGUUCCGGUGUCGGAACUGUACGGAAACGAGCAUCUGUGCUCAACCCAGUUGCUCUACGAGUUGUCUCCUUGUUUCAAGCUCGGUUUCAUGGCCGCGAAUCUCGCCAUCCUCGAAGCGACCCUCGACGAAGGGCUAGUACACGUGGUCGAUUUCAACGUUGGAGAAGGUGGACAGUACAUGAACCUCCUCCACGCGCUCUCCACGCGCCAAAACGGUAAAGCUUCUCCACCGGUGGUAAAGAUCACCGCCGUAUUGGACUCCGGCGAUGGCUCCGCCGUAUUGGAAGAGAGCUUGAAGUCCGUCGGGGAUAAGCUGAGCCAACUAGGCCAACGACUCGGUAUCACCGUGAGGUUCAACGUGGUUGUGGGUUUACGACUCGGCGAUUUGAGUCGCGAGUCCCUAGGGUGCGACCCGGACGAGCCACUCGCCGUUAACUUGGCCUUCAAGCUCUGCCGAGUCCCCGACGAGAGCGUGUGUACAGAGAACCCGAGGGACGAGCUCCUCCGGAAGUCACUCGCCCCGCGAGUGGUCACGCUCGUGGAGCAGGAGAUGAACACCAACACGGCGCCGUUUUUGCCCCGCGUGAGCGAAGCGUCCGCUUACUACGGGGCGUUACUCGACUCAGUCGAGUCGACCGUGCCAAGCUCGAACUCGGAUCGAGCCAAGCUCGAGGAAGGGCUGAGUCGGAAGCUCGUGAACGCGGUGGCGUGCGAGAGCGUGAGUCGUGUCGAGCGGUGCGAGGUAUUCGGGAAAUGGAGGCUCCGUAUGGGCAUGGCUGGGUUCGAGUUGAUGCCUCUGAGUCAGACGAUCGCUGAGUCGAUGCGGAGUCGACUCAGUAACGGAAACAGAGUUCACCCGGGAUUUACCGUUAAGGAAGAUAACGGAGGGGUGAGUUUUGGUUGGAUGGGUCGGACCCUUGCUGUCGCAUCUGCUUGGCGUUAACUUCACACACUCUUUCACCUUUUCUAUGGUAUUAUUGUUAUUAUUAUCACUAUUAAUUUUGAGAUUUCAAUUAUUGUAAUUUUCGAUAUUAA